ACCGGCACCACUAAUGACUUUAACAACAUCUUUAGUGCACUACCAAUUGGGUCAAAGUGUUUCGUCUCUGGAGUGCCAGCAUCUUUCUAUGGAAGGUUAUUCGCCAGCAAAAGUUUACAUUUUGUACAUUCUUCUUUUAGUCUUCAUUGGCUCUCUCAGGUCCCUGAAAAUCUACAUAACAAGGGGCAUAUUUACAUGACAAAAGGUUGUCUUCCCAAUGUGUACAAAGUUUAUAAGAAUCAAUUUCACAAGGACUUCUUGUCUUUUCUUAACAAGAGAUCCCAAGAAAUUUUACAAGAAGCUCAAACUCUUUUGGACUUGGCUUCUCAGGGGUUGAUUAAACAAGAACAAGUUGAUUCCUUCAAUGUACCUAUGUACACUCCAUGUAAGGAAGAAGUGAAGGCAAUUAUUAUGGAAGAGAAGUCUUUUUAUCUUGAAAAGUUUGAGGUUUUCAAAUGUAAUUGGGAUUGGGAUUUAAACGAUGAAGAAGAGGGUAAUAUCAACAAGUUCGACAACACACGGAGUGGACAAAAUGUAGCAAAUUGUACUAGAUCAGCUAUGGAGCCUAUUUUGGUGGCUCAUUUCGGACAAUUUUGUAUGAACUAUUUGUUCAAACUAUACGCAAAACGUGUAACUAAUCGUCUUAAAACGGAAAUGACAGAAGUCGUCAAUCUCAUUGUUUGCUUGAGGAAGAAAUAA